AUGUUUCGCUUGCUGCGCGACGACAGCGCCGCUACAACAGUUCUGGAAGCUCUCGCCACCGGUCAGCGUAUACCCGUCCGUGGAGAGAAGGAGAUGGAGUUGAAGCUAGGCAACAUGACCUACCUGCAUAAUGUCAUGGUGGCUGAUAUAAUGAACGACUACAUCCUGGGCCUAGACUUUAUGAGGAAAUAUUGUUGUGAGAUCGACGUUAAGCAAGGUGUUUUGAAAUGUGGACAGGAGGAACUUUUUAUGGAAGGAGAAGACUUGCCUAUCCGCCAGCGACCAAGAAGAUUGCUGGUAGCACGUGAAAAAGAAGUGGAAAUCAUGGUUAAGGGAAUGGUGAAGGAUGGUGUUAUUGACCCUUCCUCUAGUCCAAGGUGUUCACCCGUGGUGCUGGUAAAGAAGAAGGAUGGCAGCAUGCGGUUUUGUGUUGACUACCGCCGUCUGGACGAUGUUAAGAAGAAGGACAGCUAUCCCUUGACAAGAAUUGAUGACACGCUGGACAUGCUUACCGGAGUAAAGUGGUUUAGCACGCUGGAUCUAAAAAGUAGCUACUGGCAAGUUGAAAUUGACCCUAAGGAAAAGGAGAAAACCGCGUUUUCGACGGGAAAGGGUCUGUGGUAA